AUGCGUCUGAUCAAUACCAAAACACUUAAGCUGGAAGAAUUUGAGGAUGGAUGGAUCCCCCCUUAUGCGAUUCUGUCGCACACCUGGGGCUCCGACUCCCAAGAGCUUACCUUCGCCGAUGUUCGAAAGGGAAUAGAUGGGAUAAAUGAUAAACAAAAACAAAUUGGUUUGGCCAAGUUCCGAAAGUGCUGUGAGCAGGCACAAGUGGAUUCAAUUGGCUAUGCUUGGAUCGACACCUGCUGCAUCGAUAAAACAAAUCUAGUUGAACUUGGCGAAGCCAUCAACUCCAUGUUCCGAUGGUAUAGCCUCGCGAUUAUCUGUUACGCUUAUUUAUCUGAUGUUCCGGCUGGCGACGACUCCUCUGUUCUGGGAUCUAAAUUCCGGACAAGUCGGUGGUUCACCAGAGGAUGGACGUUACAAGAACUUCUCGCGCCUAGGCAUUUACGGUUCUAUAACGCAGUUUGGCAUAUUAUAGGCACGAAGGGUAGCAAAUGCACUGUCGUUCAGGAGAUAACCCAUGUGCCACGUCAAAUUUUACUAGGCAUUGCUAAACUGCACACUGAAAGCGUUGCACAGCGUAUGUCCUGGGCUGCGCAAAGAGAAACCAAACGGGCUGAAGAUCUUGCAUAUUGCUUGUUGGGGAUAUUUGGCAUAACAAUGCCAAUGAUAUAUGGAGAGGGUGGCAGAGAGGCCUUUUUUCGACUUCAGGAGCAGAUUAUGAGGACGACGAGAGAUGACUCUAUCUUGGCGUGGGGCCUAAAUAACGAAUCGUCUAUGAGCAAUUUUCAACUAUUCAUUGGCGAAGAUACAUUCAUUCAUGGAGACAUAUUAGCAGCCUCUCCAUCAGAUUUUGCAGAUUCUGGGCAAAUCGUCGCCCGAGAGCAAACCACCAAUCCUCUGCACUCACUAGAUAUUUAUGGCGGGACUCUGAGGGCCUACUUGCCACUGGUUACGAUUGACUCUGGUGAAACUCUUGGAUUGCUCAGCUGUGGCCCUAAAUCU